GGUAACAAUGCUUUGUAAAAUAUUUUUAUUUGCUUUGUUCGUUGCAAUAGCAAUGGCGGAAGAAACUGCUGAAGAAGCGUGGCCAAAAUACAAGCAAGAUCAGAACAGAUCAUACGACGCCGAGGAAGACGCCAAGAGGUUCGAAGUAUUUAAGAAAAACUACGAAAAGAUCAUAGAACACAACAAAAAGUACGAAGCUGGGGAAGUAACAUGGAAAGCGGGGCUGAAUCAGUUUACUGAUAGAUUCCCCGAAGAACUUGAACAUCCUGAAAAAGAUGUUGUAUCACCAUAACUUAUUGCCGAAAGUUUUAUGAGUAUUAAAUAAAAUUAUUUUAAUUGACA